AUGGUGGAGGGUUUGCUUAAAGGUUUAAACCCCGAUCGAAUGGAUUCGCAUGUUGUGGGAACACAAAUACAUGCUAUUAUAUGGAAACGUCAAGCGGAACGCUUCCGGGAGAAACUACAUGAGGGGAAACUAUACAAAAUCAAGAAUUUUAGGGUCGUUGUUAGCAAAGUUAAUUACAAGCCGGUGGAUGGAAAAUACACCAUUGUAUUCAUGCCCAACACUAGCUUAGAAGAAUUACCAAAAGACCGUGGUGAACCCAUCGACAAGCACAAGUUUUGCUUCCAAAGUUAUGAAGAAUUAGUCAACCGCCUUAACCACCAUGUUGUAUUGUCAGAUGUUAUUGGUCUUUUGACUGGUGUGGGAGAUAUUGAACCGAUAUCAACUCAAGGGUCCAUGAUGGAAAAAUUGGAUUUACAGCUCCAGCUUGAUGGAAAAUUUGAGAUAAAGAUCACUCUAUGGAAUGACAAGGCUCAAAGUUUUAUGAGUUUACUCAAAGGGACUAAAGAGCAGCCGUAUAUUGUUAUUGUGACGUCUACUAUUGUGAAGAUCUUCAACGGCCAACAUUAUUUGUCAUCAACUGGAGCUACUAAAUUUUAUAUCAACCUCGAUAUACCAGAAAGCAAAAGUCUUCUUGAAAGCCGUGGGUCGAAAUCGGUUGAUUUAACAAUGUUUGCGCCAAACACUACUCGAUUGUCUAUUCAAGAUCAAAUGGAGUCGAAUAGAAAAAAUAUUUACGAGUUGACAUCGAUGCUUCCUCCAAAAAAUGUCAAUAACAUUGUCGUGGUUACUCUUUGUGCGGAGAUUGUGGAGGUGCAAAAUAAACUUGGUUGGUAUUAUUUCUCUUGCGAAAAUUGCAAGAGAAAACUGGAGAAAUCUGACAAUGUUUAUCGCUGUGAGCCAUGCCACCGUGACUCAGUGUUUCCUAAUACAAGUUAUAAAGUUAUUGUGCUGGUAAAGGAUGAGACUGGCGAAACAACACUUACUAUGUUCGACCGUGAGGUUCAGCAAUUAAUAGGAAUUUCAGCGCCCCAACUUAUCAGCCAUUAUGGUUUCUCUAUUCGUGAUCUGCCCACACAAUUUGACACGCUCCGCGGUCGAACUUUCAUAUUCCAAUUGAAAGUUAAUGAUUUCAAUUUUAUUUAUGGAAAAGAAGAUUACACUGUUAUGAAGAUCUUUGAUACAAACAACAACAAGAUGAUGGAUGCUGAAAAUUUAAUCAAGGUCAAAAUUGAGCAUGUAGAUACGCUUCAGGGUAGCACAAAUUCUGGAGAUGAUGCUGCGUUGGUGUACAAAAAUGACCAUCAAGAAGAUACCUUGAAUUUACCAGCAACCAAAAUGUUAGCUGCUGAAAUUGUUGCCAGUGGUGUGGAUGUUUCAGAUCAUGAUGAAAAAAAAAAAGCCAAGCAUGCGAUUGAAAGCAGUGCAAGUAAAUCUGACCCCGCUCCUCUUUCCUUGUUUUCUCGGAUUAGAGAGUCAAGUGUAAAGUUUGGAAGUUGGCGACGUGGCGCUCUUCAUGGACAUGAAGAGUUAUCCACUGUAUUCGAGAUUAUUGGUGAUAUUUUUGAUCUUUCCAGUCAGUGUGAUGCACGUAUUUCACCCAGUCUGUUUAAUAUAUUUCUUUAUUUUUAUCAAGAUUUGAGACGCUUAAAAAGAUUUCAACAAAAGAAGCCCAAACGAUCGACCGUCACCAGGUUCCCCGUUGUUUCAUGUUUAAUUUAA